CAUAUUCUAAAACUUUCCAAUCCUUAAGUAUUAAGAAAAGUUAAAAUGAUGCACAUCCAAGUAUACUUUAAUAAUAUGUUCCUGUUCUCCUGUUUUGUUGACGUGGCUUUAAUGUUAUUUCAAAUCAAACCUGUCACUGUGUCUUUUUAGCAAUGCUUUUAACUUUAUUCAACAUUCAUUAAUCAUCCAUUUUGUUCAUUUAACUUGUCAAUGUAGCUUUGACAUCUGAGGUGCAUGUGUGAUGUAAAUGGAAUGUGUCUCAGCACAAACACACUUACUUCUGGUGUUAACACCACAUAAAAGACACAUUAGACACCUUCAGAAUCAAUUAAGAAGCUUACAAAAGCAUUUAUUCUUCACUUAUGUCACUGUGCACUUGCUUCACAGAAAGGGAAACACACAUCCAGGCAUUUCUUUGUUGUAUUUGUUUUAGAUUAGCUGAAUCCAUUCUGUUUAAUGCUUUCAUCGUAAGUCAUUGUCAAGUCAGGAUUCGUGCAGUUGCAUUAUCUUAAUGAGAGAGAAUCCCAUUAGUGGGCGAGCAGAAUAAUCGAAAAGCUUUAUGACAUCACAAUCCACCAUCACCCAGCAACCCCGGCAGCUGUCAGUCAAUCCCGGGUGUUUAAAAAGAGCGCCUCGGCUUUCUGAAGUUCCAGAACCACCAGCUGAUGAGAAGCGUUUCACGAGCGGACCGGAUCAGAAGUUUAAGAUGAGACUGUGUGAGCUUCAGUGCUACUUGGUCCUGUUGGGUCUGUCUGUUGUGCUAUGUGGCCGCAGUGCAGACGCCCAGCUGGGACCAGACCUGGACCUUCGCCAUCACAGACUUCUGCAGAGGGCAAAAGCCAUUGGAGUGGCCACACAGGACUGGACUAGAAAGGAGUUGGAGGAGCUACUUUCUGCACUGUCUGUGCCUGACAUGGAGGAUCGUGAGAAUGAUGUUUCCCCAGCGGGUGCCAAUGAGAAUCUGCGUAUGGAGCUGGAACGCUCGGUGGAGAACACGAACGCACUCCCUCCUCGAGAACGCAAAUCAGGAUGCAAAAACUUCUACUGGAAGGGAUUCACUUCUUGUUGAAGCUCUCUUUCACCAGUCACAUAACUCACUUUCAGAUAUUUAUGUGAGUUGAUCGGUUUGAUUGUAUUUUAAUAAAUAUGAAAUAAAUAUAACGUUUUAUUGUG